AUGCCGUCUUACACUACCCUCCUCGAUGACCAGGUCCCCCUCAUCACUUUCGACAACAACUGGCAGGCAGGCAGCUCCCAGGAUGACGACCUCGCCAGCCUUUACUAUGCCGGCACCUUCACCACCUGCAACGUCACCGGCGGACGAGCGACCCUCACCUUCAACGGCACCGGCGUGUGGAUUUACGGUGCGAAGCGGGUCAAUCAUGGAACGUACACCGUCCAGGUCGACGACAGCACCUACUCGAACCUCAGCGGCUACUCGGGGACCGAGGUUUUUCAGCAAUUGCUGUUCAACCAGAGUGGGCUGAUGCAGGGGACGCAUAAAUUGUCGAUCACCAACACGGACACGACGGGACAUUACGUUGACCUUGACCUGAUUGUCGUGCAGUCGGAAGUGGGCGACAGCGACCAGCAGCUUGUUUCUAGUAUCAUACAAGACACGGAGCCCGCCUUCUCGUAUCAACCCUCUCAGGCUUGGAGCACAGACCCACCAUACGUUCAGCUUUAUAAUAACGGGACUGGGCAUUCGAGCGCAACCUCCAGCGCAACGGCCACUUUAAAGUUCACUUUCAUCUCAAAAGGCGACGUAAUAUCGCUAUACGGAACCAUUGGUUCCGAUACCGGGCAGUACUCCGUGCAGCUGGACAGCCAGCCAGCCAUGAACUUCAGCUCGAACAAGGCCAUGCGGUAUACACAGAUGAUGCUCUUCCACGCGGAUAACCUCGGCCCCGGGGAACAUCAACUAAAGCUCACAAAUCUUCCACAAUCUGCAACUCAGCUCUUGAACAUUGACUACGCCGAGGUCAUGACGCUGGCAAGGUACGCUUCGUUUAUAUUCUGCCGAUUUUGGUACUAG